AUGAUCACUCAGUCAAGACCUUGCCUUGCGUACACCCGAUACCCAAGAGAUAAUCCAUCCACAAUGGCUACCCCUCAGUCUCAACAGAUCAAGAACAACUUUGUCAACCACCCCUACGUCCAGCAGGCGAGCCGUGCUCUCCAGGGCCAGGUCAACUCGCUCGAUGCCGAGCUCAACAAGUACCCCGUCCUGAGGGAGGUUGAGGCCAAGACCAAGGUCCCCAAGGCGUACGGUGUCCUUGGCCUUGGUGGCGUUGCCGUGCUUCUCAUCUUCUUCAACCUCUUUGGCCUCGCGCAGCCUAUCUCCAACCUUAUCGGCUGGGGUCUUCCUGCGUACCUCUCGAUCAAGGCUCUCGAGAGUCCUAGCACCAACGACGACAAGCAGUGGCUUACCUACUGGAUCGUCUACGGCACCUUCAACCUCAUCGAGUCGGUUGCGCUCCGCCCCAUUCUUUACUGGGUUCCCUUUUACUUUGUCUUUAAGAGCAUCUUCAUUGUUUGGCUCUUCCUCCCCUCGACCCGUGGUGCCGAGGUUGUCUACUUUAACGUUCUCCGCCGCCUGGCUGUGAACAUCAACCGCCCGGCUCCCGCCUACAACUCGACCUCGUCGUCGUCGCGCCCGGUGGACGUUUCGACUGGACAGACCACUGGCUUCAACCCCAGCGCUGGCUCGGCGUUCAGCGACAACACGCAGCCUCUCUAA